AUGGGUUGUGGACACUAUCGAGUGUUACACUGCCAGGAGAAGAGGGGUCGUUUUGGGGGCGCUAUCAGGGUUACACUGCCUGCAGCAGUCUCUGGGUGUGUUGUGGGCACAAUCCGGGGGCUAAGCUUGUGGUGGAGGGGGCAGGUUUUUCUGGCAUUGUCUGCCCAGCUGCUCCAAGCCAGGCUAAUGAAGGAGGAGUCCCCUGUGGUGAGCUGGAGGUUGGGGCCUGAAGAUGGCACAGCUCUCGAUGUGCAUUUUGUAAGCGCUUUGGGGCCACUAUCAAAUGCUGUGAAGAGAAAUGUACCCAGAUGUAUCAUUAUCCUUGUGCUGCGGGAGCCGGCUCCUUUCAGGAUUUCAGUCACAUCUUCCUGCUUUGUCCAGAACACAUUGACCAAGCUCCUGAAAGAUCGAAGGAAGAUGCAAACUGUGCAGUGUGCGACAGCCCGGGAGACCUCUUAGAUCAGUUCUUUUGUAUUACUUGUGGUCAGCACUAUCAUGGAAUGUGCCUGGAUAUAGCGGUUACUCCAUUAAAACGUGCAGGUUGGCAAUGUCCUGAGUGCAAAGUGUG